AUGGGAGGAGAAGAUGAAGCGAACAGCUGGAUUCGCGGGGACGAGACGGCGAAGCAGAUGCUAUCAAGGGUGCUUAGAGACCGUGCGUUCCUGCUUCUUCCGCCUCUCAACCGUGUGCCUUUACGCGCCGGGAACGUAGUAGAGAUCACUGGCGCGUCACCGUCGGCGAAAACACAGAUACUGAUUCAGGCUGCGAUCAGUUGCAUUCUUCCGAAGACGUGGAAUGGCAUUCACUACGGAGGUUUAGGGAAACUGGUUUUGUUCCUCGAUCUCGAUUGCCGAUUUGAUGUCCUGCGUUUAUCCGAAAUGCUCAAGCAUCGCCUUCUUCAAGCUAACCGGUUAGGGAAUGGAGCAUGGUGGCAACUUGAAGCGUCAAAUGUUAAGAAUAGCAGAGCUUCACAAGACAAGUCGAACAAUGUUUAUGAUGAGGAGUUGUAUGUUUCAUGCAUGAAAAGGUUCAUGUAUGUUCGCUGCUAUGAUAGUCUCCAACUUCUGUCUACUCUCAAGACAUUGCAUUGCAGGAUCCGGCAGCAAGAAGCGUGUGGAAGUCAAGUUGGAGUGCUUAUGAUUGACAGCAUAGGUGCUUUCCACUGGACUGAUCGUCUAUCGUCAUCAUUGGCAUUGGAGAAAAACAACAGGAAAAGUCUUUCGUUGACGAAUGUGGUGGAGACGAUAGUGCAAGAGGUGAAGAAGAUACUGCAGGUGCAUUCGUUGGUAGUAAUUGCCACCAAGGCUACAAUUUACGAAGAAAAGUUCCCCACAAAUGAGACUAAUCGGAAGUUCUCCUCAAACGAAGAUUUAUCAGGGAAUGCUUCAAGUAAAGCUCAGCAAACUCCAUUUCGUGAAUUCAUGCCCUCUUCUUGGCAGGCGUUUGUGACACAUAAGAUUAUCAUACGGAAAUCAGCUUAUCAUCAGUCUUUACAAACGGGACAACAAAGUUUGUCGGCAUAUUCACUUGAAUGGUUACAACCGCAACUUAGUAGCAUAGACCGAUUCAUAGUAGAUGAUUCUGGUAUUGUCAUUGUCACAUGA